AUGGAUGCAUACAUAAUGGAAGUAUGGAAGCUGGAAAAUAAGUUCUUAGGGCUGGAGAUUGAUCCUGUGAUCCAAGACAACAAUAUUGGAGCAGACGUACUAUCCAAGCUGGGUUCUACCCAUGCUCAGGUUCAAGCAGGUGUAUUUGUCCAAGAGCAUAAGCACCCAUCCAUCAAGACUUCGGCUCAAGGCACCACCGAUCCAGGUCCUCAUGAACCAGAUCGAGAGGUCAUGAUGUUGGGAGAAGAUUGGAGGGAACCUUUCAUCAACUUCAUCAAGGACCAGAAACUAACCGUGGGCAUCUCUGAACGGAGCGCAGCAGUUGCUCGCAUCAUGAGACGGAGCAAGGGAUUUGUUUUGGUUAACAACAAGCUUUACAAGCACGGUGCACGUCCAGGCGUCCUCAUGAAGUGUGUCAUAGGUGAGGAUGGCUAUGACAUUCUUCCUAAAAUUCAUGAUGGAUCCUACGGCAAUCACACUUCUUCAAAGACACUAGUUGGGAAGGCAUACAGGGCAGGCUUUUACUGGCCCACAGUAGUAUCAGAUGCUUAA